AUGAGCGCCACCGUCGUCCAAUACCCUGUCGAGCCUCGAGUGUCACGCUCACGUCUUGCAGACGGAGUUUCGGUCGCUAAGAAGCGCAGCACUGCUCAUGUUCGAACGCCGUCGGAGCGCAUCGCGUUGGUGCUUGAUAUGGAUGAGUGUCUAGUGCACAGCAAAUUCCAGAAUGAGGUCGAAUACCGUCAAAGCGAGUACCGCCCAGAGAAGAUUAAUGAGUACAGCGACUCGUUUGAGAUUGUCAUGAAUGACGGAGAGCGCGCGGUAGUAAAUAAAAGACCAGGUCUUGACCGCUUCCUUGAGGAAGCAGUCAAGCACUAUAACAUAUACGUCUUCACGGCCGGCCUUGAGGCCUAUGGCAAGCCAAUUUUGGACGCACUCGAUCCCAGAGGCAAUCUUUUUGCCGGUCGCUUUUAUCGCGAAUCGUGCAAGCAGCGCAAUGCCCAGCAAUGGAAUUCCUGUGCCGAGCUUUUAUGA